GAAACUCUAUCCUCUUGCUUCUUCAUUCUCCCAUCCAUCAUCUAUCAGGAUAAAAUAAUAAAAGCUCUGAAAUCCGGUGCACCUUCACUGAUAAAAAUGGCGGCCAUUGCUACUCUCCAGAGCUCAUUUACCGCGCUUUCUCUCUCCUCCAAAUCCUUUCUCGGUCAACGAUUGUCUCCCUGCCCCUCCCCACCUCUGGUUCAGCAAAACAAGUCUACAAAAACAUGUCCUCCUCUCCAAGCGAAGCUAAAGCGGUGGGAACGGAUCAAAUGCAAGCCAAACAGUCUUCCAAUUGUACACAAGAUGCAUGUGAAGCUUGGUGACACGGUUAAAGUGAUAGCAGGACGCGAUAAGGGCAAGGUCGGUGAGAUAACCAAGAUCGUUAAGCACAAUAGCACUGUUAUAGUCAAAGAAAUCAAUUUGAAGACCAAACAUUUGAAGAGCAAAGAGGAGGGUGAAUCGGGCCAGAUCGUUAAGAUAGAAGCACCUAUUCAUAGCUCGAAUGUGAUGUUGUACUCGAAAGAACAGAAUGUUGCAAGCCGGGUGGGUCACAAGACCCUUGACAACGGUAAACGUGUACGAUAUCUUUUAAAAACCGGUGAAAUAAUCGACAGUGUUGAAAUCUGGAAGAAGGCGGUCAAGGAAAGAGAGAAGAAAACAGAAGAGAUUACUGUUGCAUCAUGAUUCUAGCAAAAAUGUAAUUGUAAAAUUAUGUGCAUUUCUUGUUACUCAACUUCCUGUUAUUAGUUUUGUGAUGUAAUGCUACCUGGCCUCUUUUUGAUCCUCAUAUUCAAGUAGAAAUUAAUGAGAAAUAUGUUGAAGAGUGAUA